GGCGGGGUGAGAGGUGAAAGAUCAGGCGGGGCGGCAGGAAGAUGGCGGUGCCGGCGGUGGUUGCCGGGCGGGGGGCGUUAUCUCCGUGAGUACUAUGGCGGCGGUGACGACGAGGCGGACGGCGCGCAGCGGCUGAGGCACCCCCGGUCCCGUCCGUGACGCUCCCGCGCCGCUGCCCCGCGCGCUCCUGUCGGUUGGCGGCGGUGCCGCCGCGCUCCCCCCCAUGAGCGGGGCGGGCGGGCUGGCGUGGCGCGCGCUGCACGCCGUGCUGCGCGCCCUGCUCUGCCUGCAGCGCGCGCUGCUCGCCUGCCUGCGCGGCCGCGUCUCCGCCGGGCCCCGCGCCUGGCUGUGGCGCCGCGCCGCCUCCGCCGCCGCCUCCUGCGCGCUCCUCGCCCCCGCCGGGGCCUUCGUCUUCCGCAAAGCCGGCGCGGCGCGGCGGCGGCCCCGGGGAGCGGCGCAGGGCCGGCAGCGGUGGCGCUCGGACGGGCGCGCCCUGCAGAAGCUACCGGUGCAUAUGGGCCUGGUGGUGACCGAGGAGGAGCCGAGCUACGCGGACAUGGCCAGCCUGGUGGUGUGGUGCAUGGCGGUGGGCAUCUCCUAUGUCAGCGUCUACGACCAUAAUGGUAUUUUCAAGAGGAAUAAUUCAAGACUGAUGGAUGAAAUCUUAAAACAGCAGCAAGAACUCUUAGGUUUAGAUUGCUCCAAGUAUACCGUGGAAUUUGCAAAUCAGGACAAAGUUGAUCAAGUUUUAAAUUGCCAAUCUACAUUGAAGGUACUGUCUCCAGAAGAUGGAAAAGCAGACAUAGUAAAAGCUGCUCAGAACUUUUGUCAGUUGGUAGCACAGCAGCAAAGAACAUACACGGACCUGGAUGUGAAUGUGUUAGACAACUUAUUAAGUAGUACAAAUGGAUUUCCUGAUCCUGAUUUGGUCUUGAAGUUCGGUCCUGUGGACAGUACAUUAGGAUUCCUGCCGUGGCACAUCAGACUGACAGAGAUUAUUUCUUUGCCUUCCCACCUGAACAUCAGCUAUGAAGACUUUUUCUCUGCCCUCCGUCACUAUGCAGCCUGUGAGCAGCGCUGGGGGAAGUGACUUCUGGCUGAGCACAUGGAGUCAUGCUUCCUGUGGGAAGGAAUUGAUGUCUGUUUACAAGCACCUGUGACCCAUAAGUCUGGUUCAUAGUCCUUUCUUAAUUUAUCAACAAAUUCAAUAAAGUGUCUUACCUUUCUAGAGAGUCUGUGUGAAUGCGUGAGAAUCUAUGGGGAGGGGGAAAUUCAGAUUUCCCUGACGAAAAAUACACUUAUUGCAAGGAAAGCUGUUCAGAGCUGAAUUACCCUCACUUUCAUAACCGAAAGAAUAUAUAAGAAUUCAAUCUUGUGAAAUCUACAGGAGAAGUUCUAUGCCCUGCAGGUCAUUAAAUCAAAGGAAAAACUCUCAUGUCAGCUUCUUUUUAAAGUAGGUGUCAAGUUCUAGAAAUACUGAGAAGGUUUCAUAAAAAGGAAUGGAAGCUUCUAUGGUAAGUGGAUUAGGUGAUCCGUGUGGCACACUCCAUCCUCUUUGUUUUGUUGCUGGUGGUGUGGUUUUCUUUUUUCUUUCUUUAAGAGGUAAAAUCAAAGUAUUCUUACAGCCCUGAGUGAAACUUCUCGUAGCAUCAGGUCAGUUUUCCAUAGGGAAUAAGCAUACAAACAGUACUGUUUGUAUACUUAUUUUCCCCGUAAAAUUCUCACCGAAGGUGACAAGCUGGCUCUGGCAUCACUUGAUGAAAAAUCUGAAAAUGGACCAGGUCCACUUCCAUGGCUGAUGCAACUUGCAUGUUGUGCUCCUGUACCCAACAGGGGAGUCUGCUUAAGCCUUUUACUGGGUUUGUUCUCAACUGCACAUUAGAAGUUUGAAUCAGAAUCUGCAGCAGACAAAGAAGAUGAAGUGAAGCUGCACUACAGUGUCUCUAAACUGAGAUAACUAAAUAGAUUCAUUAACUAAGAGGUCUUCGUUGUGGAAUGCCCUGUGUGAGUUACAUUCCUAUUGUUGGAAGUAAUUUGAAAUUGAAAGUCUUUAUAGCAGUAUUUGGACAAAGCAAUAUCUUGAGAGCUGUGUUGCUGAAGACAAACAUUAAUAUUGCAGCCUUCUGCCCUGCAGGCUGUAGAACUGUUGGACACUUCAUUCUGGAAGUGUUUCUUUUACCUUGUUUUUUUGACCUCUUCAAAAUGAGUCUGGCUUUAUCUCCUUAAAGAAAGGCAUGUCACUAGAAGGGAAAACUACUGCUUUUAAGAGGAAAGUGCCAGAUUUAAAAUGAAUGUCUGCUUCAUUGUGAAACAAUGUAUUUUAACUGUUGUAGCUUGAUGUAAUCUUAAAAGCAGAUUGCCUAAACUCUUAGCUGCAGGGUUUUGUCAUACUAAAAUCAGAUUGCAAUUACAGGAGAGGUGGACUGCAAUCUACUUUAUCUUGUAAAAGAGAAAGGGAUAUUUAAUCAAUUAACUAAUGGUUUUGACAUCAGCUAACAUUCCAUAUGAGCUGGAGUGCUCAGAGUACAGUUGGCUGCCUUUUGUGUUCUGGUCUCUGAUGUUUUCCAGUUAGCGUACUGCAGAGAAGAUGAACAAUUGUGAAAUGUUUCCUGGGUUUGUCAUUGCCAUAAGAAAGUUUUCUCACUGAAUGUUAAGUUUAGCAUUUUUGUGGGGAGUUGAUAAUCUGUUGGAAUCUUAAGCAUUAAGUAUAAAAUUUCAUUUUAUUUGCAUUAAAACUUAAGAUUGUGUUUAAAUUACCACAUGUAAGUUACUGUGUCACUGAAGCAGUUCUGGUGCUGGCAAUAAAGAUGUAAAAUGGGAAGAGUUUAGUUUAGUCCUCAAAAUCAAUCUAUUUUUUAUAUUUGUAUUAAACUGCCAAAGAAUACUUCUCAUACCUGAGCUCCCCUCAGUCCUCAGACUUCUGCAUAUCUCAGCUAAAAAGACUUGACUUAUACUGGAGGCAGAUCUCGAGGUCUAAGAUUUGUCUAUAGAGGGGUGCUUAAUGAAACUGAUUAGUUCAGCUGCAUUUGAUCCAAUUUAAUCAAAUCGAUUACAGCUCAUUUAAUUGUGAUUUAAGUGUUCCUCACAGAGUUAAUGUAGUUGAACUAAUCUGUAUUAUCACUUAGUUGGGAUUAUUUUACUGUCCCUGUGUGGGCAGUCUUCAGUGAUAUGUGCCAAAUGCACUGUGCAUAUCCACAACUUGAUCUCUGAAUGUAUGUCAUUGCAGUUAACACCUCCCCAGCUUGUUCUAUGUGAAGGUCUGUGGUAUAGCUGUGACAUGCUGUAUGGCUGUAGUCUCCGGGUACCUGUACAUAUUGUGUAAAGCAAGUUUUUAUGAUUAGGGAAUCAAUUUAUUGAACUUUAUUAUUGAAAGUUAAAUCUGAAUCUGUAAACCAAGAAAUCAAUAAAAGACUAUAAUCUUUCUA